AUGAAUUGGGAUUGUCCUGAAUCAUUAAACUUACCAUUAUUCAUAUCUACUCUAAAAAACCUUCAUCAAACCGGCUCAUUGCCAACAACAUUCAUAUCUAAUGAAGUACAGAAUAUUUAUAAAGAUGUUAAAGGGAAUGGAUUAGAUCAGCUGGUCAAACGAUUGUCAUUGAGAAUUAAUAAGGUAUUAAAUGCAUCAACAGGAGGUGAUAAUAAAAACAAUGAAUGGUAUUUCGUAUUGGUAGAUGGAUUUUUAUUAUACUAUGACCCUGAGGUUGUAGAAGAAUUAGAUAUCAAAUUGUUUGUUAAGGCAGAUCGUGAAACUUUAAAAAAACGAAGAGAAGAACGGGAUGAAUAUUUUACAGUUGAAGAUUAUUUUGAUAAAAUAGUUUGGCCAAAUUAUGUUGAGUUUCACAAGCAUUUAUCUAUUAAAGGACAAUCAUCCGGUUUGAUAGAUGGUGUAAAAAGUGGAUGGAAGGUUAUUGAAGAUUUGGUCGUUUUGGAUACAAAUAAGGAAGAUGAUUUUGGAGAAAACCUUGAGAAAGCUGUUGAAAUUGUGAUAAAAUUUAUUGAAAAAAAAUUUGCAUAG